AUGCAUCGGCCCUCCGCCCUCCGCCGUAUAAAGCGCGCGCGACCCUCCCGGCGCUCGCAGUCACGACCCACGUGCGCCCGCGCCGCCCUCUCGCCACACAGCAUCGCGAUGAUCGCCGAAAUCCGGUCGUUCGCUUCGGCGUCCCUGACGACGUCGCCCGCGGCGCCGCGCGCGCUGCCGCGGGGCUUCGAGUCGUGCGAGUUCACGCUGGCGCUGGCGGGCGCGGGCCGGCUGCGGCUGCGGCUGCUGGCCGACGCGCCGCCCGGCCGCGCGCCGCCGCUCUGGUUCGACGAGGGCGUGCUCGCCGCUCUCGACAUGCCCUUCCUCACUCUGGCUAACAUUAAAGGCGGACGGAGCUACGCGUGCCACGAGUGCGGCGCUCUAUUCGAACGCCCCAACCCGCUGAAAUUGCACCUGUUUCUGGCGUGCGGCGCGCACGACGCGGCCGCGGUGUGGCGCCGCGCGCUGCCGCUGCUGGCGCGGCGCCUGCAGCCCGCGCGCGAGGACGCCGCUCGCGAGCCCGACGCCGCCCGCGAGGACGCCGCCCGCGAGCCCGACGCCGCGCGCCUCGAGGCGCUGGCGGCCGCCUGGGGGCGCGCGCGCGGCGGCCACGUGUGCGUGUACUGCGGCAAGCUGUACUCGCGCAAGUACGGCCUCAAGAUACACAUCCGCACGCACACCGGCUACAAGCCGCUGCGCUGUCGCUACUGCCUGCGCGCGUUCGGCGACCCCAGCAACCUGAACAAGCACGUCCGCCUGCACGCGGGCGCGGGCGCGGCGGCGGGCGCGGGCGCGCACGCGUGCGGCGUGUGCGGCAAGCGGCUGGUGCGGCGCCGCGACCUGGAGCGCCACGUGCGCGCGCGCCACGCGCUGUGUGCCGUCCCGUAG